AUGUCGGGUACUGCAAUUUGCGUGAGCCAAAGUCACUGGGCUUUCAACAGCCGCAACCAGAGCCCUUGCACCGUAGCCUCACAGCUCGGCGGGGCCUGCGUGGGCGGUGAUUUUCGACUACCACCCCUCGAUGAGACCUAUGUGUAUCUGGGACCACCUCGCACAGCGGCUACACCUUGUCGAUGCAGCUCCGUGUACUAUGCAAUGCUGAGCGCUUGUGCGGAUUGUCAGGACAGAAACUUCAUCUCAUGGUCUCGAUACAACGCCAAUUGCUCAGAGGUUUAUGUCCAGACCCUAUUCCCUCUGGCAUCGCAGUGCCCCACUGGGCUUAUCUGGAUAUUCCAGCAAAUGGAAGAAGAUAUUUUCAAUGUGACCCGCGCUCAAUCAGCCAGGGGUCCUGAGAGCGUGGGCGUCGGGCAACCUACUUCAAGACCCUCGGAUGCCAGUGGAGACGACGAUGGAAAGACCAACGUAGGCGCUAUUGCAGGAGGAGUAAUCGGAGGCGUGGUCUUCCUCGCCCUUCUCGGACUGUUGAUCUUCUGGCUCAUUCGCCGAAAGAGGAACUCGAAGAUCCCGCCUUCGUCUAUGUAUACGCCGCAGCCAUACUCACCACCACCCCCUGUCUACUCUCCUCCGCCUGAGCAGGCCAUGGCUCAAAAUCAAUACGCUGACGGAAGCAACUUCUCAGCCUCGAUCCCUGUUCCCAAAGUCUACGAUCCCAACGAUCCUUCGACCUGGCCCACGCAACAGAACUUCUCACCGCAGAACACGGGUUCGCAUGCCGGCUCCCCUCCACCCCCUCAAUUCCCGAAUUCGUAUCCCCACAACGGAAGCUUCGUCGCAACGAAUCACACAGGACAAUCAGGAUCGACCAACUAUGGCCCUCAGCCUUCGCAGGUCUACAGCGGCUAUGCACAGCCUAGCCAGACAGGAGGCUCCCAGGGGGCACCUCCAGGGCGGUACACUGGCGUGGCUGAACUCUGA